AUGGGUGAAUGUAAAGGUCCAGAGACUAUCUUUGCCGGUUCAGCGCUCAAUGAUAACGAAUGGCACACGGUGAGAGUGGUGCGGCGCGGAAAGAGCCUCAAACUCACAGUGGACGAUCUGCAGCCGGUCGAAGGUCAAAUGGCGGGCGACCACACGCAGCUGGAGUUUCACAACGUGGAGACGGGCAUCGUGACGGAGAAACGCUUCAUGCCCGCGGUCCCCUCCAACUUCAUCGGGCAUCUGCAGGGCCUGACGCUCAACGGCAUGCCCUACAUCGACCUGUGCAAGAACGGGGACAUCGACUACUGCGAGCUCAACGCCGUGAUCGGAUACAAGUCCAUCGUGGCGGACCCGGUCACGUUCAAGUCUCGCUCCAGCUUUGUGACGCUGCCCACGCUGCAGGCUUACUACUCCAUGCACCUGUUCCUGCAGUUCAAGACCACCUCGCCCGACGGACUCAUUCUGUACAACCGCGGGGACGGAAAUGACUUCAUUGUGGUGGAGCUGGUCAAAGGUCAGAGCUGCCCCCAGUACACAGAGCACCAGCCCCUCACUGAUCCUCCUGCAGGUGGUGACUUGUACAUCGGUGGCGUUUCCAAGGAGAUGUACCGGGACCUGCCCAAGCUGGUGCACUCUCGAGAGGGCUUCCAGGGCUGCCUCGCCACCGUGGACCUGAACGGGCGCCUUCCGGACCUCCUGGCCGACGCUUUAGCCACCGUGGGACAAGUGGAGAGAGGAUGUGAAGUUUCAUUGAUGAAAGCUGACUUGCAAGGCCCCAGCACAACCUGUCAGGAGGACUCGUGCUCCAACCAGGGCGUGUGUCUGCAGCAGUGGGAGGGCUUCACCUGUGACUGCAGCAUGACCUCAUACGCUGGGCCUCUGUGCAACGACGCUGGGACGACCUACAUCUUCGGUCGCGACGGCGGCGUGGUCAUCUACACCUGGCCUCCGAACGAGAGGCCCAGCACCCGAGCGGACCGGCUGGCUCUGGGCUUCAGCACCCAGCAGAAAAACGCCAUCCUCCUCAGAGUGGACAGCGCAUCAGGACUGGGAGACUACUUACAGCUGCAGAUAGUAAGUUAG